AUGUCUCUUCUUUGUGCUAUCAGCAGCAGCAGCAGCAACAACAACAACGGCAAUAAAACUGCCACCACUGUCUCAUUGUCACUACCGGCGCUACCACUACAAUCUUCACCACCACCACCACCACCACCACCACCACCACCACCACCGCCGCCGCCGCCGCCACCACCACCACCACCACCACCACUACUGCCUCCGUCACUGCUGGCUCUGUCACUGCUGCCUCUGCCACCACACCUAUGCCACCGCCGUCUCCAACCACCGUCUCCACCGCCGUCUCCUCCGCCGUCUCAACCGCCGUCUCCGCCGCCGUUUCCACCCCCGUCUCUGCUGCCGCCUUCACCGUCGCCUUCACUGCCACCUCCACCGCCGCCUUCACCGUCGCCUUCACUGCCGCCUUCACCGCCGCCUUCACCGCCGCCUUCACCGCCGCCUUCACCGCCGCCUUCACCGCCGCCUUCACCGCCGCCUUCACCGCCGCCUUCACCGCCGCCUUCACCGCCGCCUUCACCGUCGCCUUCACCGCCGCCUCCACCGCCGCCUUCACCGCCGCCUUCACCGCCGCCUUCACCGUCGCCUCCACCGCCGCCUUCACCGUCGCCUCCACCGCCGCCUUCACCGUCGCCUUCACUGCCACCUCCACCGCCGCCUUCACCGUCGCCUUCACUGGCCCACCCUUCACCGCCGCCUUCACCGCCGCCUUCACCGCCGCCUUCACCGCCGCCUUCACCGCCGCCUUCACCGCCGCCUUCACCGCCGCCUUCACCGCCGCCUUCACCGCCGCCUUCACCGCCGCCUUCACCGCCGCCUCCACCGCCGCCUUCACCGCCGCCUCACCGCCGCCUCCACCGCUAUAUGUUUCAUGGUUACACUUCAAGAGGUUUUAAGUCAGGGGUAUUAAUCCGAGUUGUGGGUGCUAUGUUUGUAUCAGUUAUGUGUGGUUUAGAUUGUGGUAUGUAA